GGCAAGCUUUUUGUAAAUUGGCGUUUUGACUAGGCCAAUUUGGAAGUUCCCCAUAUCCCCCACGGUGAUGAUCCUGCCAACGGCGAAUGAUUCAAUUAAUCAUUUCCCUCACGUUUGCUUUCAUUUUUACAAGAAAAUCCAAGAAUUAAUUAUCCAUCCCGAUUCCCAGUUUCUGUCUCAAUUAAUAUCAUAUUUUACUACUUCAAUCUAAUUAUCCAAUUUGUAUCUGGGGUUGUUCUUCUGUCCUCAUAUUUUUCAUGGCUUAUGGAAAUAUCUUUCUUCGCUUACUGUUUUUGUUAAUUUUUUUCCAUGCCCUUGUUCAAUCUGAUGAAGAAGGGCACAUCAAGGUAGAUAUAUCCAACAAGGGUCUCGAUUUUCUCAAGGACAUGUUAAUAGAAGAAGCAGAGUCUUCAUUCGUUCCACUCGAGCUGCCCGAGAUUGAAAAGUCUGUGAAAAUCCCAGUUGUAGGUAAAGUCAAGAUUGUUCUUUCGAAUAUUACCAUUCAAAGAGUCCAUGUAAUUAACUCUACUGUGAAAACUGGAGAUACUGGAAUUGUUAUAUCUGUUUAUGGCGGCUCUGCGAAUUUGAGUAUGAAUUGGAAGUACUCAUACAGCACUUGGUUACUUCCCAUUACUAUUUCGGAUGAAGGAAGUGCCACAGUUGAGGUUGAAGUUAUGGAAAUUGGGCUGACCCUUAGCCUGAAGACUCUACAAGGAUCUCUUAAGCUGUCUGUUUUGGAAUGUGGAUGUUAUGUCAAAGCUAUCUCUAUAGAUUUGGAUGGAGGAGCAUCAUGGCUAUACCAAGGGGUGGUUCGUGCUUUUGAGGGUAAAAUUAGUUCUGCUGUUGAAGAUGCUAUGUCUAAAAAAAUAAAAGAUGGAAUUGUAAAUCUUGCAUCCUUAUUGGAAUCUCUUCCUAAAGAAGUGCCAAUAACUGAUAUUGCUGCUUUGAAUGUUACAUUUAUUGGUGACCCGGCAUUGACAGAAACAGAGUUGGACCUUGAAAUCAAUGGGUUAUUUUCUGCUAAAAAUGAUGAUGUGGUUUCCAACCACUACCAUAGGAUGUUAGGAGCUUCAUCUUCCUGCAAUACAGAGGACAGAAUGGUCAGGAUCUCAUUGCAUGAAGAUGUUCUUAAGUCAGCAUCAUCAGUUUACUUUGAAGUAAGCUCUUAAUUUCUAUACUCUGUCACUUGAAGAUGGAACGUAUAGACCAUAUUCUUGAAAAUGAUUAGGAAAGUUAGACAAUUGUUUAUAUUAGCAAUGCUAAGUCUUACGGGAAGACCUGCCAUAAAUAAUUUUAAAAAAUAAAAUUGAAAAUAGCAUUUUCUGUGCUGAUCUGGUUAGUUUUUCCAGCAGUAGGUUAAAUGAUUGAAAUGGUUCGGAUAAAGCAAGCAA